UUUCAUACAGAAUAUGUCAUACUGAAAAUAUUAUCACGAUUAUUUACAGAGGCAGCCUUGAGUGCGACAUGCAGUAACUCCAUUGAAUGCAAUGAUGUCUUGUCAGAGUGUAUUGCUGGUGAGGCAUCAGGAACUGUGUGUAGAUGUCAAUUAGGGUACUUUGACAGUAAUGGAUUUAGCAGCGCUGGUGGAGUGUGUACAAGCAUGAACAAUUUGAAGGCGACAACGUUGACAUCCUCAUCUUUAACGUCCAACAGUGUAAUUAUCACCUGGGCACCUCCCUCAGACUCGUCACAAGUCUCAAGUUACAACGUACUUUGGAGAGUUAACGGCAGCUCAUCAGUAGAUGGAAACCUGACUGUGGGCAAUGCUGUAUCGACAGCUAAUAUCACAGGACUGACGCAGGGUACAUCAUAUGUCUUUUCUGUGGUGUCGGAGGAAAGAGGGAGUCGUGCUAUUACACAAGAAAUUGAAUCUGAUGAAACGGUCACAAUAACCACAAAAGCAGAACUAAGUUCUACGUGUGGUGGUUUAAUUGAAUGUCUUGAUGUCUUGUCUGAGUGUACUGCUGGCGAGACUGGAGGAACCGUGUGUCGAUGUGAAUCAGGGUCCUAUGACAGUAAUGGAUUUAACAGCACUGGCGGAGUGUGUAGAAGCAUGAACAAUUUGAAGGCGACAACGUUGACAUCCUCAUCUUUAACGUCCAACAGUGUAAUUAUCACCUGGGCACCUCCCUCAGACUCGUCACAAGUCUCAAGUUACAACGUACUUUGGAGAGUUAACGGCAGCUCACCAGUAGAUGGAAACCUGACUGUGGGCAAUGCUGUAUCGACAGCUAAUAUCACAGGACUGACGCAGGGUACAUCAUAUGUCUUUUCUGUGGUGUCGGAGGAAAGAGGGAGUCGUGCUAUUACACAAGAAAUUGAAUCUGAUGAAACGGUCACAAUAACCACAAAAGCAGAACUAAGUUCUACGUGUGGUGGUUUAAUUGAAUGUCUUGAUGUCUUGUCUGAGUGUACUGCUGGCGAGACUGGAGGAACCGUGUGUCGAUGUGAAUCAGGGUCCUAUGACAGUAAUGGAUUUAACAGCACUGGCGGAGUGUGUAGAAGCAUGAACAAUUUGAAGGCGACAACGUUGACAUCCUCAUCUUUAACGUCCAACAGUGUAAUUAUCACCUGGGCACCUCCCUCAGACUCGUCACAAGUCUCAAGUUACAACGUACUUUGGAGAGUUAACGGCAGCUCACCAGUAGAUGGAAACCUGACUGUGGGCAAUGCUGUAUCGACAGCUAAUAUCACAGGACUGACGCAGGGUACAUCAUAUGUCUUUUCUGUGGUGUCGGAGGAAAGAGGGAGUCGUGCUAUUACACAAGAAAUUGAAUCUGAUGAAACGGUCACAAUAACCACAAAAGCAGAACUAAGUUCUACGUGUGGUGGUUUAAUUGAAUGUCUUGAUGUCUUGUCUGAGUGUACUGCUGGCGAGACUGGAGGAACCGUGUGUCGAUGUGAAUCAGGGUCCUAUGACAGUAAUGGAUUUAACAGCACUGGCGGAGUGUGUAGAAGCAUGAACAAUUUGAAGGCGACAACGUUGACAUCCUCAUCUUUAACGUCCAACAGUGUAAUUAUCACCUGGGCACCUCCCUCAGACUCGUCACAAGUCUCAAGUUACAACGUACUUUGGAGAGUUAACGGCAGCUCACCAGUAGAUGGAAACCUGACUGUGGGCAAUGCUGUAUCGACAGCUAAUAUCACAGGACUGACGCAGGGUACAUCAUAUGUCUUUUCUGUGGUGUCGGAGGAAAGAGGGAGUCGUGCUAUUACACAAGAAAUUGAAUCUGAUGAAACGGUCACAAUAACCACAAAAGCAGAACUAAGUUCUACGUGUGGUGGUUUAAUUGAAUGUCUUGAUGUCUUGUCUGAGUGUACUGCUGGCGAGACUGGAGGAACCGUGUGUCGAUGUGAAUCAGGGUCCUAUGACAGUAAUGGAUUUAACAGCACUGGCGGAGUGUGUAGAAGCAUGAACAAUUUGAAGGCGACAACGUUGACAUCCUCAUCUUUAACGUCCAACAGUGUAAUUAUCACCUGGGCACCUCCCUCAGACUCGUCACAAGUCUCAAGUUACAACGUACUUUGGAGAGUUAACGGCAGCUCACCAGUAGAUGGAAACCUGACUGUGGGCAAUGCUGUAUCGACAGCUAAUAUCACAGGACUGACGCAGGGUACAUCAUAUGUCUUUUCUGUGGUGUCGGAGGAAAGAGGGAGUCGUGCUAUUACACAAGAAAUUGAAUCUGAUGAAACGGUCACAAUAACCACAAAAGCAGAACUAAGUUCUACGUGUGGUGGUUUAAUUGAAUGUCUUGAUGUCUUGUCUGAGUGUACUGCUGGCGAGACUGGAGGAACCGUGUGUCGAUGUGAAUCAGGGUCCUAUGACAGUAAUGGAUUUAACAGCACUGGCGGAGUGUGUAGAAGCAUGAACAAUUUGAAGGCGACAACGUUGACAUCCUCAUCUUUAACGUCCAACAGUGUAAUUAUCACCUGGGCACCUCCCUCAGACUCGUCACAAGUCUCAAGUUACAACGUACUUUGGAGAGUUAACGGCAGCUCACCAGUAGAUGGAAACCUGACUGUGGGCAAUGCUGUAUCGACAGCUAAUAUCACAGGACUGACGCAGGGUACAUCAUAUGUCUUUUCUGUGGUGUCGGAGGAAAGAGGGAGUCGUGCUAUUACACAAGAAAUUGAAUCUGAUGAAACGGUCACAAUAACCACAAAAGCAGAACUAAGUUCUACGUGUGGUGGUUUAAUUGAAUGA